GACUCACGGGAAUCUGGAUGUUUUCGCGUUGUCGGGGAGUUAGCAAGGAUCUUCAGAAGCACGUCGUCAUCGCAGACACGUGGACCGCCCUUCCCGUCAACCGCCGCGAGCCGGCGUGCGAAAACUCUCCCGCAGUCGCCUAAACAUUCUGUGACGGGGGAAGAAACGCGAGUCCCCCGAGACGCGCCGGGACGCCGUUCGCCCGAUGUCUGCUUGACAAUUAAGCUUUGUCCUCUUCUCCACUCCACCCGACACUUUCGCGGGAAAAUCAUCCAGACACAUGUGCACAGAAGGAUCAUCUCGAAAUCUCUUUCGUGCACCUGCCGUCCUGUCGUUGCAUAGUGCCUGAGCAUAGGCCCAAGUGGUUUCAUGGUGGUUUGAAAAAAAAUCUUACGGCACUCUCAAACGUCACGCACGCGUCUCGGAAUUUCAAGAAGCUCAUUUUAGCUGCUCAUUACCACCUCUCUCGAACCUGUAUAUGCUUACAACAUUUGUCUAAAUGCGUUACCGCGUUUCGGUGUCGCGCCUGCCUAGUGAAAAACUGCAUAACCUGAUACACGUUGUUGUGGCCUGUCUUGGCGGCUCGGCGUCCCGUCACGUUCCAUGAGGGAUGGCAGUUUCUUGUUCGCAGAGAAACUGCGCACGUGUGUAUGUUCUGUUUCAGGCCUUUGUGGACUUACACAUCGUUGAGAGUCCACACGGCGUCUCUUCCACCGCUCGUGUGUCCCAGUGAAACGCCGCGAAUACGGUCUUCAGUGACGAAGGCAGGCGCGGAGUUGCGCUAGCGCAGGUGACUGUCUUUUCCUCCUACGCGCGGGCGUGGGUUUCCAGAAAUGGAUUCAUGAGUAGGGGGAAAAUCUCCCUUUUGCGUUUCGCGUCUCCCCUGCAUGUUUCAAGAGAUAAGGCUCGCCCCACGAGUCAGCCACCGAACGUCCACGUUCAGCCUUCCUCACGCUUGCUUCGCCACGCUGUCUAACCGUCGAUAAAGCAGCACAAAGUAGCGCAAGAACCGUGGUCGCUGCCCCAGCUGGUUCCUCGUGGCGGGCCCGGCUUUCAAGCCAGAAGUUUCGAGACACAGAAUACUAGGGCUGUUUCCAGGAACUCUUCCUCGCGCCGGGCGCGGUCAAAACUUUUUGUGGAAAACUUGGCACCGCACAUGAACAAAAUGGCGGGUUCGACGAUCUCGAACCACCAAGUCUCUUCAAAUCGCAAACAGUGCGACUUCACGAAACUGAUGAUGGCAGGAUUCGACUUGGAGUUGAACAACGACAGCACGCAAGAUUUCCACGUUGUCUUCCAUGGGCCGAAAGGAACUGUGUACGAAGGGGGCGUCUGGAAGGUGCACGUCACCCUGCCGGACGAUUAUCCUUUUGCAUCCCCGUCGAUCGGGUUCAUGAAUAAAAUGCUACAUCCGAAUGUCGAUGAGGCGUCCGGAUCCGUCUGCCUCGACGUCAUCAAUCAGACCUGGACCCCGCUCUACAGUCUCGUGAACGUCUUCGAAGUCUUCUUGCCGCAGCUGCUGACUUACCCAAAUCCAACAGACCCUCUUAACAGCGAGGCAGCUUCUCUCAUGUCGCGAGAUAAGCGUCUGUAUGAGGAGAAAGUUCGUGAGUAUGUGCGGCUGUAUGCGAGUCGAGAAGAGUGGGAGAAGGAACAACGGGAGAAGAAAGAAGCACAGAAAGGCAGUUUCUGCGGGACCUCCAACCUCCCAAAUGCCGCAAACGGCGAGACCUCUACUACAAGCGGGGAAGCGUCGACAGUCGGGGAGGCAGUGCCCACAACAGCGACAACGGCAGAGGCGACAAACGACGCAGUUUCAGAAAUCAGUGACUUGGGAAGUCCCGCUGACAUUGACGAUGUGGACAUUUCUGCUCUUUGAAGCCGGCGAGCAACGCGUUUUGAGGCCCUUCC